AUGGCCGACGCGCAGCUGGCGCCACCGCCACCACCACACAAUGUUAUUCCUGGUGAUUAUCUCCUCGUUGUCCAUGCCCACACCGGUGGCGAAGAUGAAUUAACCAUGCAUCGCAACGAUAUCAUUCAGCUGGUCGAGCUGGACGAAGAGUUCGGAGACGGUUGGUGGCUUGGCGAAUAUCCUGGCACCGACCAGAAAGGCCUCUUCCCCGCAGGCUUCACUAGGAAAGCCGAACGAUACGAGUACUCCAGACUUCAGAAUCCCCUUCGUAUCGACCCAUCCCAGGGGGUAAUCACUUCAGAAAGGACCGAGUCGCCUGCCCAGAUCGAACCAACCACACCAAAGGACACAUCGUUUGCGACCGUCGGAAGCCAACAAACCACUCCGCAGGCAUCCCGGCAGCACAGUUUUCAUGGGCCCCAAACCAUGGAUUCUCCGCAGCGAUCUGCCUCGUCUCCCCUACCGUACUCAAGUCUCGCAGCCGAUAUCCAAAACGCAUUGCGCCCAUCCGCAGAACAGCACGCAAACGGUCAGGACAGUCCCGUCAUGAAUGAAACGUUGAGUGUGAUCGACGAACACAUCACCGAUAUGAAUACGCCCCGUCACAGCGUGUCAACGCAGGAUGCCAAGACUAUCAACGACUCCGGCAGUGAAUAUAGCAGCCAUAUCAGCCAUCGAUUGUCAUACAUCAAUGGAAACGAGACCGACGAGGAAGAGGGUACAACGUUGACCGAGGAGGAGGUGCGGAGAUGGAAUCAAACCCAGACUGCAAAUCACCUGCGAAGCCUCGGCGUGGAUUCCAAACACUGCGACAUCUUCGAGAAUGAGGAGAUCACAGGUGAUGUGCUACUUGAGAUGAACCAGGACUUUGUGUUUAUGAAGGAGUUUGACUUUGGUGUCAUGGGCAAGCGACUCAAGACAUGGCACAAAAUUAAAGCUUUGCAGGAGGAGGUCAAUAUGUCCAAGGUGCAACCGCAACCAUCGCAGCCUCCCAGAGGCUCUGUCGCCGGGUACCCCAGUCCUCAUGAAGAACGGACUGUGUCUCGUGCCGGCCAUACAAGUGGUUUCCUUCCCCGCAUUCCCACCGUGUCAGAGAAGACCGGUGCAGGCUAUGCCCCACGAUCAUCCAUGGGUGGGCAACAUCCACGACUAGCUAGCAACGGGAGCUCCCCGGUCACCCCCAUGACCCCUCCUCGCUAUGGCAAUGACUCGAGGAGAAUGUCCGCGGCGUCCAUUCGGGAAUUCAACCACAAUCGCCGACACUCUUCCAUCGACGCGACACAACGUGGCUACCCUGAUUUCCACAGCCACCCCAAGAAGGCCUCUUUCGACCGAACCUGGACGCUCAAUGGAGGGUCUACAACAGGACCUUACGUACUUCCUCCUCGCCCAGGAACGUCAGUUGGUGCCCCUACAGAGGGAUUUCGGGCUUUCCGUGGGGCGACUGAAUCUGAGCCUAACACCCCGGAAGCCACCGAUGACUUGGACCGCGGUUAUUUCUCCAGCACAGAGGUUGAUUCACGUCGGAAUCGUCGCGUUCUGCAGAAACGCACCUCAAACACCGGCAGCAACAGCCAUUCUCGAAAGUCGAGCUACCAAGACGAGCCCAUGUUGGUGAGACCCCCCAAGCGCCAAUCCCGAAUUGCAAGUGUCGAUUCUCUUCGCGAUGCCGAUAAACAUGUUUCCGUUGCUUCGAAGAACUACAAUAACUCUCCGGCCAAAUCACGACUGCGGAGCAUGAGCCAACGUAAUUCUUCGACCCAGAGUGGUCGUACCUCGGAGUCGUCUGAUACUAAGCCUGGCUUUUUCGCGAGCUUCGGACCUUUGAUGACGAAGAAGGCGGCCGAUUCUGCUGAAACUUCUUCACGCUCCUCGCACUUCCAGCCUCUAAAGAAUGUUGGCCCUAAGAUGCGACGAGCUGUAGGCAUGCGCGCCAUCUCAGAUGCUACCAAGGACACCUCUGAACCUGCCUCCCCCAAGGAAUUUGAUUCUAGCUUUGCUCGAACUGGGUCCACCACUCCAUCGGCCACCUCCAAGAGCUCGGAGCGACACAGCACGGACGGUUCUGGCAAAGCUGGCGAGCCUCCGGGAUACGUCGUUCGCCCCCGAACUAUCAAGUCUAAAAAGGAAACCAGUGCCUAUACACGUGGCCUAGAGAAAAAGGCGCCCCGGGAGCAGAUGGACGGCUGUGAAUAUAGUGGGUGGAUGAAGAAGAGAUCAUCAAACUUGAUGACAACUUGGAAGCCCCGACUAUUCGUUCUGCGUGGUCGCCGUCUCUCAUACUACUAUGCUGAAGAUGACACUGAAGAGAGGGGCCUGAUCGAUAUCACAGCCCACCGUGUGCUGCGGGCAGAUAACGAUCCUAUUAUCACCCUGCAUGCAGUGGUCACUGGUUCCACUGCGCUUCCAGCCAAUGCCAGCUCCACAGAUCCGAACUUCAAGCCCGUCUCUCCUGACCUUGGAAUGAAGAGCAAAGACGUGAGCGGCCCAUUCUUCUUCAAGCUGGUUCCCCCCAAGAUGGGCAAUUCGCGCACUGUGCAGUUCACCAAGCCUACGACUCACUACUUCCAAGUUGAUAGCGUCCAGGAGGGUCGCUUGUGGAUGGCCGCUCUGAUGAAGGCAACCAUCGAGCGUGACCUGGAUCAGGUAGUGUCAUCAACGAACAAACAAAAAACCAUCAGUCUCAAACAAGCUCGCCUGAUGAACCAACGACCACCGGCACUCAUGAAUAACCCUCUCCCAGAGAACGAGAAAUUAGUUGAAGAGGAAGAAGAAGAUGAUGGACUACGGAUCGAGGGUCUCAACUUGACCAAAUCAGGAUCCUCGGCGGGUAACUCCUACGUCGAUGCCAAAGGCGAGCUGAAUGAAUCCGACUCAAAUACCAAAGAUUUAUCCAAUCCCCUUGGAGAGAUCAACGUCGGUCCUACUUUCCUUCUUCCCAGUCCCCUAGCGAAGACAGAUUCGCAAUGA